AUGGACUCAAACGUUACAUCCGCACUUAUCUCUAUUGGACUUCCAAAGAACUACGGUUGGGUCGCCCUCGCCGCCAGCUCAACAUACUUCCUCAACGUGUAUCAGAUGAUCAAUGUCAGCAAGGCUAGAAAGAGAGCUGGUAUCCCAUACCCAAAGACUUACUGUGAAGAUAAGGAGAACAAAGCAGGACACAUCUUCAACUGCGCACAAAGAGCUCAUUUGAACACUUUGGAGAGUGUUCCUUAUGUUCUCUUUGGUAUUCUCUUCUCUGGAUUAUUCUUCCCUCGCUUAGCUGCUUCUUUGGGCGCUGUUUGGACUUUCGGUAGGGUAAUCUACACUAUGGGCUACACAACAGGCGAUCCUUCUAAGCGUCUCUACGGCUUCUUCCAAUCCAUUGCCUUCCUCACGAUUGGUGGUCUUUCUGCGUAUUCGAGCGUACAACUCAUUCUCGACCAAGCUUAA